AUGGAAGCACAGGACAAACUACCAUCGACCACCCUUAAAACUACUCCUCUAUUCCAGCCUAGAUAUGGAUCGACUCGUGAAGAAGCCUUCCAGCUCUCUUAUGAGAGAGCUGUGGCUAUCAAUAAACACUACGGGUUUACGAUAGAAGAUAUUGUCUCCCUCACGCCGAGAUUUUGGGAUAUGCACACGGACGGAAUCAUCCUCUCCGAUAUUGGCGCGCAUGCUCUGCUCUCGAUACAAUACAAUCUCGCCGCUGGGACAAUUGCGCCAUUUGCCCGUGAACGAGCGGAUCUCCAACCGUUGUUGGAGAAGAUAUUGAAGUUUCAAGUCUCAGCAGGGUUCAUGCUAACUGAACUCGAUCAUGGCUUGGAUGCUAAAAAUCUGGAAACGACCGCGACGUUGCAGUCUGAUGGCAGUUUCAUCCUGCAUACUCCCCGGCCCGGGGCGGCGAAAUUUGUACCCCCAUCAAGGCCUGUAGCUGGGAUUCCACGCAUUGCAGUGGUCAUGGCAAAGCUCGUUGUGGACGGAGAGGACCGUGGAAUCCGUCCUUUCGUGGUAGCGCUUGGAGAUGGAAAGGAGAUGUGUAAAGGUGUGACUUCGGUUCUGCUCCCAGAAUUAGGCGGCAUCAAAGCUCCUUAUGCCAUCACAUCCUUCGACCAAGUGUCUUUACCAGCAACUGCACUUCUGGGGAGUCUCGAGAAACCGGCUAACAUGCGAGAACAUUUCUUUUCCACGAUAUGGCGAAUUCCAAUUGGAACACUUGCCAUGAGUCUCAUCAUGAUCCCAGCCCUCAAGUGCGUUUCCUACAUUGUAGGGAAAUACAGCCUGCGCCGAACAGUCCAUGGCCUUGAUAACACCAGAAUCCCAAUUAUCACCUUUCGUACGCAACAGCUACCGAUCCUGCAUGCGCUAGCACAGCUCAGUGUCAUGGAGCCCUUUGCAAAACACAUAAUCUCACUGUUCAAAGACACUUCUUUGAAAAGUGAAGUCCGGCAUGGGUAUGCUGUUAUCCUCAAGGCAGUUUUCCUUCAAUAUGCUCAGCGCAGCAUUCCACAACUUGUCGAACGGUGCGGCGCACAGGGCUUGUUUCAGCAUAACCAGAUUUGUGACGCAGAUAUCUUGAAAAAGAAUCUUGUCCGUGCAGCUGCCAUUUCAGAGGGGGACGCAUUGGUUCUCAGCAUUCGUCUCGCAGUCGAAUUAUUCCUUGGUCGAUACACAAUGCCCCCACCGACCAAGCCCGACUGCCUUCUUGCCCGAUACGAACUUGGUUUAAUCGAGGAGUGCGUGAAACUCAUCGAGACGAUCCCUGACGGUCAUCACAGUCAGGAGUUUAACAGGCUCCUCAUUCCCCGAUGCCGACCGAUUGUCGAGGCAGUUGGUCAUCGGAUGGCGUAUGAGACAGCUCUUGCGUCCGGCGUCGACCCUGACUUGCUUGCCCUUUAUGAGAUGGGCAUUGUGAAGGAUAAUCUCAGCUGGUUCGUCGAAUCCGGCGGGCUUACCAGGGCCAGCGUGUUCGAAAAGGAAAACAAGGCCCUCGACGCCAUUCUGCCGCGUCUCAACGAUCUUUUGGACCAGUUAGACAUCGCGCCAUAUUCUACUGCACCGAUUAUUUCGCAGUCGAUGUGGGAGACUUUUGUCGGGGACUUGGAGGCGUACAGGGGCAACGCGGAAUAUCCCCUCUUUGAUGUUGUUAACGGACAGUAG